ACUCCCGCCUCUCUGACUACCAGAUCUCAGCCAUGGCCUUGGUCCUGCAGCUGCUGCCUCUGUUGCUCUCCAAGGUCCAAGGGAAUCCCGAGGUUUCUCUGGAGGGCAACCCUGGGGACCGGGUGAAUCUCUCCUGCAUAGGGGUCUCCGACCCCACCCGCUGGGCUUGGGCGCCUAGUUUCCCAGCAUGCAAAGGCCUGUCCAAAGGGCGCCGCCCGAUCCUGUGGGCCUCUUCGAGCGGGACCCCAACUGUGCUCCAGCACUUCUCUGGCCGCCUGCGUUCCCUCGACACUGGUAUCAAGCGGCUAGAGCUGCUACUGAGCGCCGGGGAUUCUGGUACUUUUUUCUGCAAAGGACGCCAAGAGAACGAGAGCCGCACAGUGAUUCAAGUGUUAGGGGACAAGGCAGGUUGCCGGCCUUCGGGAUCUACCCACGGAUCCGAGUAUUCCAAAGUCUUGAUCCCGUUGCUGGGCUUUGGGCUUGUGCUGGGACUGGGAGCCUUGGGCUUGGUCUGGUGGCGGCGCAGACGCUCGCCCCCGCCCCCGCCCCCACCCCCGCCCCCGCCUGGACCACUACCCACAAUUGCUCCAGUCAUAAAUGCUGAGCCACAGCGGCCUUUAGAACAGGAUUCCAAGAUCUCAGGCCACCUGGACCAGGAGCCGAACCUCCACUAUGCUGAUCUGGACCACUCUGUCCUCAGGAGGCACCGCCGGAUGUCUGCUUUGGUUCCUGGCGAUGCUUCCACCGUCUAUGCGGUUGUAGUCUAAAGGGAAGCCCUUGUUCUCCCAACCCUUCCAAUCUGGGGCUUCCCUGUAUAGCCUCAGCUAGAAGGGGAAGGCACCAUGGACAGAGGAUCUAUCUAGGAGCCUGGCUCCCUGGGAUGCGCUCUGCCACUGCUCAGGUUCCAGCCACUUCUGUCCCCUCUAUAACAUCUUUUCUUCCCUUCCGUUUUCUAUCAUACCCCACCUCCUCACCCCCACUCUGGUUUUCGAGACUGGGUUUCUCUGUGGACAGCCUUGGCUGUCCUGGAAUUCUGUAGACCAUAGACCAAGCUGGCCUUGAACUCAGGGACUUCACCUGCCUCUGCCUCUGCCUCCCAACUUCUGAGUUUAAAGGCACUACCUGGCCCAGUCAAGUAUUUUGAACUUUAGCCAUAGACCCACCUCUUUCCUGCCUGACUGCACUCCCUCUGCUCAUUGGCCGCAGCUGUUCAUCCCCUAAGAGCUUGCCAGCCCUUCCUAUGCCCUUCCACAAGAUAACAUUCACCCCUCUUCAAACCAGGGUUUACUUUGUUGCUAUUGUCUUUGUAGACGCCCUGCCGUUCUGCUGAUCCCUUUGUUUCUCCUCCUUACUCCUUUUCUAGGAAGCUAGCCAUUCAAUCCUUAGCCCCCAAAGGACACUCAGUAUUCCCUCCAAUCCAGAUCUCAGACCUAGUACACUCUGCCCAGAUGGCUUCAGGCCUUUUGCACAAGGCAUGUCAAACCUGACUAAGUAAUUUCCUAAGCCACCCCCUGGGUCCUUCUCUGCAAUCUCUUGAAGAAGCCAAGUUGCCCAAGCCAGAAACUGGGAGUCAGAGUCCACCACCUCCUUCUCUCCCACACAAGGACUUUUCAGGAACACCCCCAUCUUUCCACUCCUUUUAAAGACAAACUCUCUUGUGGUGGAGGCCAGCUUUGAAAUCCUGCCCUCCUUACCUCCACCUUCAGUGCGGGGGGGGGGGGGUAACAGUGAUUGUGAGUACGGACCACUGCCUAAGGCCAUGUCUGCAGGUCACUGUCCUCUCUGCCUGUCUCUGUGCUGAGUGCUGCCACCAGAAUAUUCUUUCAUCGUUGGCUUCAUGGGUGACCCACAGAUCCUUCGGAUCCUCCUGCCCUGCCCUUCUUAUUCAAAGCCAGAGGAGAUCCUCCCAGUAUCAACCGGUGGUUCUCUCCCAAGGCUUCAGCUCUAGGGCUGUGGGUAUGGACAUUGCGUGCAGGUGCCCCAGUACUCGGUCCCCUCUUAGGCCUAUCCAUCACUUUCUGUGUACACGUGCCCUCCUAAGAGAAUUUCUCCGCAAUAUUCUCCCUACAACACUCGUUGGCUCUUUGAAAUAAAUUCCAUCUUCUGGAUUUCUUCUUCCUCUUGCUCACUUCCUGCCCGGAUAAUUAUUUAUCCUCAGGAUUUCGUUUGAGUGUAGCCUUUUCUGGGAUAUCCUCACCCCAAAUUCUUGCCUACUCCUGCACAAAAUUUGAUACUCUAGAAACCCUCUGGUUUUUCCUCAUAGAAACAGACUCCUGCAAAUCGCCCCAUUGCAACACUUUAUAAGAAAGUAUCAGGAAGUAUGAGUUCCUUUUGGAUGUCACUGUUAAGCCUUGGUACAUGAAUGAUCGUCCCUUUCUUCUUUAUCAAAUAAAGGCGGACUUGUAAUCCACCA